GAGCGCGCUGCGGCGACCACCUCACAGCAGAGCGCGAAUUUCCAGAUUCCUUCUCCUCCCCUCCCCUCCCCCUUCCAGGGGCUGGUCUUUGACCGGCCCUGGAAGCAGCUGACCUUACCCCCAAAAGCUUUGUGUCGAUUUCUCCAUUUUCCCGCUGAGAUGGGGACGGGAGCCCGGCCCCCCCACCCUCUUUUCCCUCCUCCUGGGGCUCGCCGCUGAGCGCCGCCGCCCCCUUCCUCCCUUCCUCCUCCCUCUCUCCCUCCCUUCUUUCCUCCUCUGCCUCCUCCGCAGCCGGACCAGCUCCCUCCCACAUCUGGCGCCUAGAGACCCUGGGGAUCCCGCGCACACGCCCUUGGACCAGCACCCGACAGAAAGCGCCCUGAGGGGCUUGAGUCGCUCUGGGGGUAGCCAGAGCCGAGGUCCUCUGUCCCCCCGACGGCUGGGGGGAGGGGGGAGGAGGUCGCGCGCCCCCCUCCCCGGCGCCAACUCCCCCUGGCGGCCGCUCCCAUGGGUGUCGCUGGGCCGCGCCAUGCCUAAGGAGGCGCCGCGAUGGGCCAAGGGGACGAAAGCGAGCGCAUCGUGAUCAACGUGGGCGGCACGCGCCACCAGACGUACCGCUCGACGCUGCGCACGCUGCCCGGCACGCGGCUCGCCUGGCUGGCAGAGCCCGACGCCCACAGCCACUUCGAUUAUGACCCGCGCGCCGACGAGUUCUUUUUCGACCGCCACCCGGGCGUCUUCGCACACAUCCUGAACUACUACCGCACUGGCAAACUGCACUGCCCUGCCGACGUGUGCGGGCCACUCUACGAGGAGGAGCUGGCCUUCUGGGGCAUCGACGAGACCGACGUGGAGCCCUGCUGCUGGAUGACGUACCGCCAGCACCGCGACGCCGAGGAGGCGCUGGACAGCUUCGGCGGCGCGCCCCUGGACAACAGCGCCGACGACGCGGACGCCGACGGCCCCGGCGACUCAGGCGACGGCGAGGACGAGUUGGAGAUGACCAAGCGCCUGGCACUCAGCGACUCCCCGGACGGCCGGCCCGGCGGCUUCUGGCGCCGCUGGCAGCCGCGCAUCUGGGCGCUCUUCGAGGACCCCUACUCAUCCCGCUACGCGCGGGUAAGUGACAACUUACCCAUCUGAAGAGCGGGGCGGGGAAGUCAAGGUCCUCUGCCUCCCGAGGGCAGGGGUGGAUUCGAAAACUGGUGCCUAGGGAGUCAGAAAUGAAAGGGGGGUGUUUGUGCGCGCGUGUAAGCGACAGAGUGACUCUCCUGAAGGGUGACUAGCUUUGUACAUAUGUAAAGUCUGUGUCUGUAUUACAAAUUUAAUGUGUAUGGGUGAGUAUGAAUGGGUGUGUUUGUGUGUAUGAGUAGAUUGUGUGUGUAUAUUUAUGUAAGUGUGGCGGUGUAUAUUUGGGUGGGUAAGGUAUGUAGUGGGAAUGAGUGAGCAUGUGUGUAUGUUUGAGUGUGCAGGAGUGCCUGUGUGUGCAUAUUUGCGUCUCUGCAGGUGUACAGGGUGAAAGUGUGAACUGUCCUUUAGAUGUUGGUGUGGGCAGGGAAGCUAGAGCCCUUCCUCUCUCCCAGCUAAGGGCCACCUGGAACCAGCCAGGGCCCACAGAAGAGGGCUUGAGACCUGGUCUGCUGCCUGAGAGAGACCACCCCUCCCCAGGGAGCAGCUUCAGGCCACGGGGAGAUGGCCGAGGGGGAACGUUUAUGGCUAAUUAAUUGGUAGAUAGUUGGGGAGGGGGAUGUGAUCCCUCUGAGACCUGCUCCUGGGAACAGAGCCUGUCCUUCUGCCUUGUCAAAAGGAGAGGGUGCUUGAGGGGGCCACUGGGCUUCUGCCUAUGCGUCCUCUCGGACCUGCCGGGGCAGAGAAGGGGUCUACGGGGGGAUCUGCGAGGACAAGUUUUGUGAGAGGUGGGUGUGUCUUCAUCAGCCACUCCCCUUUAGUGACAGCAGCUUGUUGCCAGGGAGAAAGGGCACCCUGCUGCCGACCUUGGCCCCUCAGAUGGCCUCUCUGACCACUUUCCUCAACUAUAAAAUGGGAGAGGGGGUCUGGUAAAUUCUAAGGGUCCUUGCUGCUUUAAUUGAGCCCCAAAGGGAGACACCAGCCAUCUACGCUGGAAGCCAUCUACACUGGAAGACACGUCUUGCUUUUGCUGGGCUCUGUUCUCAGAGGCCUGAACCAAGGCUGUGGCAUGAGGGGAGGGGUCAGAGCUGGGAAUUUAAAGCAGAGCCUCUCCCCCGUGUGUGAGCUACCCACCAACCCCCUACCAGUCCAAACACUGCCUCUGCUGCCCCACUCUCCUCCACUGCUCCACAUCCCAUGCCUCCUGCCGCCUGGAGCCCAGGGAUGGAGGUUCGGGCAGGGGAGGGGGCAGGAGUGUCUGCCCAGCUGACUCCAGUGGGCAAAGGGGACUGGAGGGUGGGCACUGAAGUGUCCAUGGCAGAGAAAGGCUGUGUGUAGGCACAGGCCUGGUGGAUGUGUUACUGAGAUAAAACACUCAAUGUUUUAGCAUCUGAGGGAGGGGGCAGCAGGUCUUAUAUAUUAAAUCUUAGCUCAGAUGUGCAUGUGUGUGUGUUUGGGGGAGCACAGUAAUAGGGAGGGAGUUAAACCCCCUGUUUUGAGGAACCUGCCCAAGGUCACCUGGGGAGUUAGAGGCCAAGCAGGAUUGGAACCCAAAUCUCCUGGGACCCCAUCCUCCAUCGCGCUGGCCCCCAGCUCCCUGCCAUCUCCAGAGUGGACUGAGACGCUCGGGGGUCUCCCCUCCCCUCCCCUCUCCUGACAGAGGCCACCAGAGCCAGGGGAUUAUGUAACUGGAGGCUGUGGCUGAGCUGU